AAACAGAAAAAAUGUCAGCGACCGGAUUGUUUCUCCUGCGUUCAUUUUUAUUAAUUUUACCAAUUUUGGUAUUAACUACCAAUGGUCAAGUGAAUCCUGUACCUAGUCAAGUUGGUGUUCAUCGUAGAUUUGAAUACAAAUAUUCCUUUAAGCCACCUUAUCUGGCACAAAAGGAUGGAACAGUGCCAUUCUGGGAAUACGGUGGUAAUGCCAUUGCCAGUUCGGAAAGUGUGCGUGUUGCACCAUCGUUGCGUUCCCAAAAAGGUGCCAUCUGGACUAAGAAUCCCACAAAUUUUGACUGGUGGGAAGUCGAAAUUGUGUUUCGCGUAACCGGUCGUGGCCGCAUUGGUGCUGAUGGCUUAGCUUUUUGGUAUACUACACAAAAGGGUGACUAUAAUGGACCGGUCUUUGGCUCCUCAGACCGCUGGAAUGGUCUAGGUCUAUUCUUCGAUUCCUUUGAUAACGAUAACAAACACAACAAUCCCUACAUUAUGGGAGUGGUUAAUGAUGGCACGAAACAAUUCGAUCAUCAAAAUGAUGGCACCACUCAGCUUUUGUCUGGUUGCUUACGUGAUUUCCGUAACAAACCUUUCCCAACACGUGCCCGCAUCGAGUACUACAACAACGUAUUGACUGUCUUAUUCCACAACGGCAUGACCAACAAUAAUGACGACUAUGAGAUGUGUAUGCGUGCCGAUGGUGUUCAGUUACCCAAGAACGGUUACUUUGGUUUAUCAGCUGCCACAGGUGGUUUGGCCGAUGAUCACGAUGUCUUCCACUUCUUGACGACAUCUCUGCAUCAACCCGGUCAAAUACCCACCGAAGCUAAGGUUCCACAAGAUAAUGAGAAACUCUCCCAGGAAUACAAAGAAUAUCAAGAUAAAUUGGAUAAACAAAAACUGGAAUACAAAAAAGAUCAUCCUGAUGAUCACAAAGACGAUGAAGAAUGGGAUGAAUUUUAUGAAUCAGAAAAUCAACGUGAAUUGCGUCAAAUUUGGCAAGGACAAAGUCAAAUUUUUGAACACAUACGAGAAUUAUCACGCAAAAUGGACGAAGUGAUUGGAAGACAAGAAAACACACUGUCUUUAGUAUCACGCGGUCUUUCAGGACAAGCUGCAGCAGUGCCACCAGUAGCAGGUGCCGGACAGGCAGCACCAGUAAUCGCUGGUACUAUUACACGACCUGAAGUUGAUAUACUAAUUUCCAAUCAAAAUACCUUGUUGGCAACUGCUAGAGAAUUGCGCACUCUUAUUGGAGAUAUUCACGCCAGAGCCGAUACCAUCUUACAAAACCAACAACGUGCUCCAAGUGGUCAAGUACAACCUGUUGGCGGUUAUGAUAUACAGGCUGUUAUAGCAGAAAUGCGUGAUGGCAUGAAUCAAGUGAAACAGGGCAUUUCUCAUGUGGGCCAAAAAUUGGGGGCAUCUCCUCAAGCUCAAGGCCAGACAUCUUGCCCCACUGGCAAUUGUGUUGGUGUGACCAUGUUCCUUAGUGUUACGGCUGUGCAGCUAUUAUUAGUUUUUCUAUACACUGUUUUCAAGAGCAGAAGUGAGGCUCAAGCUAAAAAAUUCUAUUAGGUCAAUAAAAUAAAAGUUUUGAUAAGAUAAAAAACAACAAAAGUUAUAAAUGAACAUUAAUGCAACCGCUAUUCUUUUAAACAUACCAUGUUUUAAAGUUUGUUUCUUAUAAAAAACAAAAAUUAAUGUAUUGAAAUUUAAAAAUUGAAAAGAUUUUAUAUGCAAAACAAAUAGAAACAAGUAAAAAUACCUUAAAAACGAAAUCAUAUCUAUCUAUAUGUUGUAUACCGCCCAUCCAAAAAGAAACAAAAAAAAUACAAACAGACAGACUGAAUUGCGUUGAUUUUAAAACUUUUUGAAGUCAAAAAUUAAAGCUUUUGAAUUCCAACGAACUAUUAUUGCAUGUUUUCUCAUAAAAACAAAUAAUUAUUUCUUAUAACUGGUUUCCUGCCGAUUUCUCAAUAUGUAUUUGUUUAAAGGUUGUUUCAUUGCAAAUCUUCUAUGAUAAUAUCAUCUUACUUAAUGUUUAUUGGUUUUUGUUUUUCUCCAAACUCAAUUUAUUUUAAAUGUUUUUAGACGAAAAAAUUAUGUUGUUUUAUUCUUUUAUAGUUUUUUUUUCUUUUUUUUAAUUUAAGUUUUUUAUUUUUAUAACUAUAAAUAUUAACUGGUUUUUAUACAGUUAUAAAUUACAAUUUUUUAUUAAAUUGAUUUUCUACGCAAUUUUCUUUACAAUCAAUUUGACCACAUUCCAGUCUUAAAAAAUUUACUUAAUAAUUAUAAAUUUGAAUCAAGUUCUUCUCUAUUAAGGAAUAUAAUUUGUCUUUUUUUAUGAUGAUAAUAAAAGAAAUAAAAAAAAAUUA